CCCGCCAUGGGCCGCCCGGCACGGGGCGCGCUCCGGCCGCUGGUGAUGCUGCUGUUCCUCCAGCAUCUCGCGGCGGCGGCGGCGGCGGAUCCGCUGCCUGACGGCCAAGGACCGGCCAAGGAGUGCGAAGUGGAUCAGUUCCGGUGUCGGAACGGGCGCUGCAUCCCCUCGGUGUGGAGAUGCGACGAGGACGACGACUGUUCGGACAACAGUGACGAGGACGACUGCCCCAAGAAGACCUGUGCAGACAGUGACUUCACCUGUGACAAUGGCCACUGCAUCCCCGAGCGGUGGAAAUGUGAUGGCGAGGAGGAAUGUCCUGACGGCUCUGAUGAGUGGAAGGCCACUUGCACCCGGCAAGUGUGUCCUGCAGAGAAGCUGAGCUGUGGACCCACCAGCCACAAGUGUGUGCCUGCCUCCUGGCGCUGUGAUGGGGAGAAGGACUGUGAGGGUGGAGCAGAUGAGGCCGGCUGUGCUACCUUGUGCGCCCCGCACGAGUUCCAGUGCAGCAACCGCACCUGCCUGGCCGCCCUGUUCGUGUGCGACGGAGACGACGACUGCGGGGACGGCAGCGACGAGCGCGGCUGCGCGGGCCCGGCCUGCGGGCAGCACGAGUUCCGCUGCGGCGCCGACGGCGGCGGCCCCUGCAUCCCCGAGCGCUGGGUCUGCGACCGCCAAUUCGACUGCGAGGACGGCUCGGACGAGGCGGCCGAGCUGUGCGGCCGGGCCGGCGCGGGGACCGCGGCGCCCGCAGCCUGCGUCCUCACCGCCCAGUUCGCCUGCCGCAGCGGCGAGUGCAUACACCUGGGCUGGCGCUGCGACGGCGACCGCGACUGCAAGGACAAGUCGGACGAGGCCGACUGCCCAGCAGUAGGGACCUGCCAUGGGGACGAGUUCCAGUGUGGGGAUGGGACUUGUGUCCUUGCGAUCAAACGCUGUAACCAGGAACAAGACUGCCCAGACGGGAGUGAUGAAGCUGGCUGCCUGCAGGAGUCAACUUGUGAGGGUCCCCGCAGAUUUCAGUGUAAGAGUGGCGAGUGCGUGGACAGCGGGAAAGUGUGUGAUGCUCAGAGGGACUGCCGAGACUGGUCGGAUGAGCUUCUGAAAGAGUGUGGGCUGAAUGAGUGUCUGCACAACAAUGGUGGCUGUUCCCACAUCUGCACUGACCUCAAGAUCGGCUUUGAGUGUACUUGCCCAGCAGGCUUCCGGCUCCUGGAUCAGAAGACCUGUGGCGACAUUGAUGAGUGUGAAGACCCAGAUGCCUGCAGCCAGAUCUGUGUGAAUUACAAGGGCUAUUUUAAGUGUGAAUGUCACCCUGGCUACGAGAUGGACGCACUGACUAAGAACUGCAAGGCUGUAGCUGGCAAGAGCCCGUCGCUAAUAUUCACCAAUCGACACGAGGUACGAAGGAUAGACCUGGUGAAGCGGGACUACUCACGCCUCAUCCCCAUGCUCAAGAAUGUUGUGGCACUAGAUGUGGAAGUUGUCACCAAUCGCAUCUACUGGUGUGACCUCUCCUAUCGCAAGAUCUACAGCGCCUACAUGGACAAGGCCAGUGACCCAGCAGAGCAGGAAGUCCUCAUUGACGAGCAGCUGCACUCUCCAGAGGGUCUGGCGGUGGAUUGGGUCCACAAGCACAUCUACUGGACAGACUCGGGCAAUAAGACCAUCUCAGUGGCCACAGUGGAUGGUGGCCGCCGAUGUACUCUCUUCAAUCGUGACCUGAGUGAACCCCGAGCCAUCGCUGUGGAUCCCUUGCGAGGGUUCAUGUAUUGGUCUGACUGGGGGUACCAGGCAAAAAUAGAGAAGUCUGGUCUCAAUGGCGUGGACCGGCAAACACUGGUGUCAGACAACAUUGAAUGGCCCAAUGGAAUUGCCCUGGAUUUGCUGAACCAGCGCUUAUACUGGGUAGACUCCAAACUGCACCAGCUGUCUAGCAUUGACUUCAGUGGAGGCAACAGAAAGAUGCUGAUUUUCUCCACGGACUUCCUGAGCCACCCUUUUGGGAUAGCUGUGUUUGAGGACAAGGUAUUCUGGACAGAUCUGGAGAAUGAGGCCAUUUUCAGUGCAAAUCGGCUUAAUGGCCUGGAAAUCUCCAUCCUGGCUGAGAACCUCAAUAACCCACAUGACAUUGUCAUCUUCCAUGAGCUGAAGCAGCCAAGAGCUGCAGAUGCCUGUGAGCUGAGUGCUCAGCCCAAUGGAGGCUGUGAGUACCUGUGCCUUCCUGCUCCUCAGAUCUUCAGCCACUCUCCCAAGUACACAUGUGCCUGUCCUGACACAAUGUGGUUGGGCCCAGACAUGAAGAGGUGCUACCGAACACCUCAAUCUACCUCAACAACGACGACGACGACGACGACGACGUCAGCCCCUACUACAACAAGGGCAGUACCUGUCACCACAGGAGCCCCUGGGACAAGCCAUGGCCCCACCUCCCAGAACCACAGCACCACGACACCAAGCCCAGCAGCUGCUGGGCCCAGCUCAGUUAGUGGUCCAAGGGCUCCCAGCAUCAGCCUGUCAACACCAAGCCCAGCAACCAGCAACCACUCCCAGCACUAUGGGAAUGAAGAUGACAAGAUGGGCUCAACAGUCACUGCUGCUGUCAUUGGGAUCAUCGUGCCCAUAGCGGUAAUAGCCCUGCUGUGCAUGAGUGGCUACCUGAUUUGGAGAAACUGGAAGCGGAAGAACACCAAGAGCAUGAAUUUUGACAACCCAGUGUACAGGAAAACAACAGAAGAGGAAGAUGAAGAUGAGCUUCAUAUAGGGAGGACAACUCAAAUUGGCCAUGUCUAUCCGGCAGCAAUCAGCAGCUUUGAUCGCCCACUGUGGGCAGAGCCCUGUGUUGGGGAGACCAGAGAACUGGAAGACCCAGCCCCUGCCCUCAAGGAGCUUUUUGUCUUGCCUGGGGAACCAAGGUCACAGCUGCACCAGCUCCCGAAGAACCCUCUUUCCGAGCUGCCUGUCGUCAAGUGCAAGCGAGUGGCAUUAAGUCUGGAAGAUGAUGGACUGCCCUGAGGAUGGGACCACCCGCUUCGUGCCUCAUGGAAUUCAGUCUCAUGCACUGCUCUCUCUGGAUGGUGUAUGACUGGAUGGAUGGCUUCCUAUGUAUGAGUCUGUGUGUGUGUGUGUGUGUGUGUGUGUGUGUGUGUGUGUGUGUGUGUGUGAGAGAGAGAGAGAGAG